GUAAAAACCCAGUAACUAAGCCAAUAGUCAACGGGCAUGUUGUGAAAAAUUUUAAUAGUUUUUUCUUCUUUCAUAGUAAAAAACCAUAAGUGCAAUAUAUUUGGUGUUUCGUUUUCCUUAGAAGUUUAAUUAAGUUACUUUCCAACUUAAUUUUAAACAAAGUCUUUUUAUAAUAUUGUUAUAAUUUUGCUCACUGCAUUCAACAAGUGUUCGGGAUCGGAGAGCUCUUCCGGAUUACCAAUUGAAGACGACAUUAGACUGCCGCACAAUCUCAUAAAAUGGCUGACGACGCAGGAGAUCCGCCAAGACCAGAAAAUGAAAGGCCCUCUUCCCCGCCUCCUCAAGAAAACGUUUCUGGUAAAAUUGUUGAGCAUAUUAAAGAGAAUAAAAUCGACGUUGCAAUGUGGGCAACCCGAAUAUUAGCUAUUUUCUUCACAGCUGGUUACGUUCUUCCAAUUUUUGGAACUGCCCAGAGUUCAUUUAACAAAGUUCUUCUAGCGAACGCUGCAACAAAUGCAUUGCGCUUGCAUCAACGACUACCAAGGUUUGCUUUGUCUAAAGAGUUCCUCGCUAGACUAUUUACGGAGGAUUCCUGUCAUUACCUUAUGUUUUCUUUAAUAUUCUUCAAUGUGCAACCAACAUUGUUUAUAUUAGUUCCAAUUGUUCUUUUCGCAGUGUUACAUGCUGCAAGUUACUCACUUAAAAUUGUUGACUUAAUUGGACAAAACUCAUGGUGGGGAGCUAGAUUUCUUAUAUCUCUGGUGGAGUUUCAAGCAACUAACAUCCUUAAGGCAGUUGCAUUUUCGGAGAUUUUCAUAAUGCCGUUGGCUAUUAUUUUAACAUUUAUGGGUAAAGCUGGUCUUAUGACACCUUUUGUCUACUAUCAUUUCUUACAGAUGAGAUAUAACUCACGCCGUAAUCCUUACACAAGGAACGCAUUUGCUGAGUUGCGAAUGGCAGUGGAGUCACUUGCCAGUCUAUCACCGCCAAUUGUGGGAAAGGUUUUACGUGGUGGUAUUGCAUUUGUUAAUCGCCUGAGUCCACAACCUCAGCCUACACCACCCCCAACACAAUAAAAACGUAUUAUAAUGGGGGAGAUAGUUUUUAUUUAAUUUUCUAUAUAGUAGAUCAAAAUAAAAACAUAAAAACACCCAAUUUCUUGAUUUAGUUCUAGAAUAAGUUUUACGAACAUAGAAAACUUGGGACCUUUUUCAUUCCGAUGAAUUUUGACCAUAAUACUUGCACUUUUGUCAAACCGAUUAUGACUGGUAACCAUUUUGAAAACCCAUUUUAACACAUUUUCUAUUAUUUGUUCAUAAUUGAAAUUCAAUGUUCACAUAACAUGGAGACGAACAAAAAUAUCGUUGUAAUUUUUGCAUGACUGGCAAAGAUAAAUGUUUAUAGGUCUUGUGCUGGCAUAUAUAGCAACAAGUCACAAAAUUAUUAUUGCAUCACAUAAGGGGUUUUUCUUUUUUUCGUUCAGAACAAAGCUCUGAACAGAGUUUGAACAUGUCGAACAGGCUCAGAAUAUGCUCUGAACUGAACGUGUUCUGAGCACUCAAAUUUGUUUGUGAAAUACAUUUGAAAACCAAUUGAUACGUUACCUUUACACAGAUGUAAAGAUGUAAUAAACACAAAUUUGAAACUCUGAAUGUUAGUCUGCUUCUACACGAAGACGUAGACGCACAAGAUGCACAUAAGAACAAGGGAGGAGUCGCCUUAAGAAGUAAAAAAGCAACUCAAUUUUUUGUUUGACAGUUCAGGCUCUGUUCUGAACUAAAAAUUAGCUCUGUUCCUUUGGGAGGUUUUCAAUGGAACGCACUUUCAACAAAUUCAAUACAAAUCGUAUCUACUCGGGAAGAAAAGCAUGAGUAGAUGAUAGUACUAGAUUAACCAAAACAUCUACUAUUAGUGGACUACCACCUCCAAUGGAACAGGGAUAUUAAAGAAAAAUCAUAAUCCAAAACAACAGUAAAAGUUAGUAUAGAAUUGAAGAGUCCAGAGGAAAAACAGCACUAGUCCAUUCCAACUCAUUUCGAGAAAAAAAAACGCAUUUUUAAAUUUUCUUCUCCAUACAACUUAGUACUAAAAGCACACAAUUUAUUUAUUUUUUCAGCAAGGCUUAAAUUUGUUUUAUAAAAGUAAGGAUGCCAUCACAUAGUGCUCAGUAAAUAAUACAAGUCCUCAUGAUUAGUUUAUUUUUGACAAAAAGCGGACCUGUGCCUGGACCCUUCAAAUGUCGUUGUGGAUUUAUGAAUUUAAAAAUAUUAGGUACUCCUGCAAAUAAUUUAAAAUCAAGCUUUAUAUUGAGGGAAGAUUUCAAACACGCUUGUAAAAACCUAAGUGGCGAUCAUCUUUGUUAUCGUGUUACGAUAACUCCAUAAUUUAUUAUAUUCUAUAGUAUUAUCGUUAAACGAUUUUCUACAAUUAUUAUGUUUUUUAUUACGCCUUGGCUAAACUGGACAAAAAAUGCACUAACUUUGUUCACACCACAAUAAACUAUUUUACAAUUAUAAGAACUUCCUUAAAUUUUCACUGUACAAACGCCGGCCGCACCGCGCCGGAAAAGAAGAAGUAUAACCCUCAACAACAAAAUGAGAAAUGACUUUUCAUAAAGGGAUUUUUUACUUUUUUUUUUAAAAUAAGUUCUGUCCUCCCCCCCACAUUCCAACGCUCAAUUUUUUGAGCGUCUCAAAUUGAAUGAAAAAAGAAAAUUAAUCCCACUAUAUAGCGAUCAGGAAAAUGCAUCAGGAAAAAAGAAACAGUAUGAAAUUGAAUAUUUUUUCCUGAUGCCCGUUUAUAGCGAUCAGGAAAACUUACGUCACACAAAAUCUACCUACUCUCUUCUAUUCCUGAUUGAAAUACACACGAAAAAAUUUUCGUAUGCAGUGGAACAUGAAACAUUUGAAGCACUUCAGGGGAACAAUUUGUUUCAUUUUGUUUCAAAUGUCAAUCAGCUGGCACGAAAAAUGCAUCAUCUGUCAACUCUUAUUCUGACUUUUCUCGGCGAAACUAUUCUGCAAUACCAUCGUCUAAAACAAAGCUACUGUCUUGAUGUAGAAGCAAUUACAUUAGUAUCAAGAUAAUUGCGAAACGACCAAUACUAUUUUAUAGGCUAAUAGCGAUGCCAAAAGGUACUAGCGAGGUAACCGUCGGAGCUCUCCGAUUCGUUUGAAAUCGGAAAAUUUUCCGCUCCGACGGAAACUUGGCUAGGGCCGGUUAUAAUCGCAAAAGUAAAAGUCACGUUUUUAAUUUGUAAUCCUGUCAUAACGGCUAAGAACUUUCUCAAGAAAUUGGGCGUAAGAGACAUAAUAUUAGUUUCUAUAGUCUUUUGAAGUUAUUAUAUUAUAACAACAAAUGUUUUGUUUAUAUUUUAUAUAUUUCUGUGGCACUAAGGUGAUGUUUAUAUAAUAAAAAAUCCGUUUUUAUA